CAGCAAUCUCAUUCCCGAGCCGUCCUCCCAUUCUUGCAUCUUGCAUCUUGAUCCACCAUGCUCAGGCGCCUUCCACCCAACAAGGGCGGCGACUCCCCCAUUACCUCGGCGACGUCUGGUGGAUUCGGUAUUGUCGCCAAGCCCUUCCGCCCGCCCACGCCACUCGCGGCGCGCCGCACCACCGCGAUGCCGGCGCGUAAGCGUAAGGCCGUCAAUUACAAGGAGAUGGGCGAGGGCACAGACGACGGCGAGGCGGUUAUCGACGGCUCGCCGCCCAAGAAGAUGCGCUUUGAGAUGGGCAACAAGGUGUACGAGAACGGCGUGCUUGGCGACAUGGCCAAGUGGUGCACACGCAAGUUCCCCGUCUUCGAGCCCAAGGACCGCACAACCGUGUUCGCAAAGACCUUCGCGAUUCCAGUCAUGACAAACGCCAAGACGUCGGAGAAGAUCGUGCACCCGCUCUCACACGCGUCGCUCGGCGCGCGGCCGCAUCCGACCCUAGCCCCGCGUCCCCUGCACGAUCCAAUGGCUGACCACGCCAUCGUGCUCUACGACCCGACGAUCGAUGACAAGCCUGCACCCAAAGAGAAUGAGGAAGGUGUCGUGGCGGUCAAGGAGGACCGGGGGCCACACAAGAGCCUCAAGACCAUUCUCGGUAUCCAGGACCGCACAGUCAAGGUCGAGGUCAAGGUUCCUGUCGUCAUUGACCCGCGUCUCAGCAAGGUCCUCCGUCCGCACCAGAUUGAGGGUGUCAAAUUCCUCUACCGCUGCACAACCGGUAUGCUCGCCGAUAGCGCAUGGGGUUGUAUCAUGGCCGACGAGAUGGGUCUCGGAAAGACGCUCCAGUGCAUCGCACUGAUGUGGACACUCCUCAAGCAGUCUCCAAUUGCUGGCAAGGCGACGUGCGAGAAGGUCAUCAUUGCGUGCCCGACAUCGCUCGUAGGGAACUGGGCAAACGAGCUUGUCAAGUGGCUCGGUCCCGGAGCCAUCAAUCCCCUUGUUGUGGACGGCAAGGGUGGCAAGGCUGAGCUUAUCCCCGCGGUCCGCCGCUGGGUUGCCGCCCACGGCCGCAAUAUAACACUGCCAGUGAUGAUCGUCUCGUAUGAGACGCUGCGAACGCUUCAAGAGGAGCUGGCCGACUGCCCGAUCGGCCUCCUUCUCGCUGACGAGGGCCAUCGCCUCAAGAAUGCUGAAACUCUUACGUUCCAAGCACUCACUGCCCUCAACGUCAAGCGCCGCGUCAUUCUCACCGGCACGCCCAUCCAGAACGAUCUUUCGGAGUACUUCGCACUCCUUAACUUCGCCAACCCCGAAUAUCUCGGCUCCAAGCUCGACUUCAAGCGCAACUUUGAGACCAAGAUUCUGCGUGGGCGUGACGCUGAUGCGACGGACAAGGAGAAGGAGGAGAGUGACGCCAAGCUCAAGGAGCUAAGCGGUCUUGUGAACCGGUUCAUUAUCCGCCGCACAAACGACUUACUCUCCAAAUACCUUCCCGUGAAGUACGAGCACGUCGUCUUCUGUCGACCUAGCCCGCUGCAAACUGCGCUGUACAACCACUUCGUCAAUUCAAAGGAGGUCCAGCGCCUGCUUCGCGGCAAGGAAUCUCAGCCUCUUAAGGCUAUCGGCCUCCUCCGCAAGCUCUGCAAUCACCCGCAGCUUCUCAACCUCCCUGAUGAUCUGUCGGGGAGCGAGGACCUGCUCCCUCCCGACUACGCUGUCGCGCAGACUGGUCGCGAGCGCGGUCUCAACUGCACGUACUCUGGCAAAUUUGUGGUCCUGGAACGCAUGCUUGACCACAUCCGCAACCACACCAAUGACAAGAUCGUGCUCAUCAGUAAUGCGACUCAAACUCUAGACCUCAUGGAGCGCCUGUGCCGCGCCAAGAAGUACGGCCAUGUGCGCCUCGACGGCACAAUGAGCGUCAAGAAGCGCAACACGAUCGUCCAACGCUUCAACGACCCCGAAGGCAAGGAGUUUGUGUUCCUCCUAAGCUCCAAGGCCGGCGGGUGUGGUAUCAACCUCAUUGGGGCGAACCGCCUCAUCCUCUUUGACCCCGACUGGAACCCGGCGAGUGAUCAGCAGGCUCUCGCACGUGUGUGGCGUGAUGGGCAGAAGAAGGAAUGCUUCGUGUACCGCUUCAUGACAACCGGGUCGAUCGAAGAGAAGAUCUUCCAGCGCCAGUGCCAGAAGCAGAACCUGUCCGCGUGCGUUGUCGACGAGGCAGAGGACACUGCCCGCCACUUCACGCAGGACGACCUGCGCGAGCUGUUCAAGUUCACGACCGAGACACCAUGCCAGACACACGAGACAUAUAAGUGCAAGCGGUGUCGCGGCGGCAAGCAGUUCGUCAAGGCGCCGGCGCUGUUGUAUGGGGACGCGAGCACAUGGAACCACUUCCAAAACGCGGAUCUCGGGCAGAUGCACGACGACCUGCUUCGCGCCGAGCUCGGCCUGCCGGAAGUGUCGUACGUAUUCCAGUACAUCUCUCACUGAGGUGUUGUGUGUGGCGAUUGCGUUGUGAACUAGCAUGGCGACGGAUACAUAAGCUUAGACUGUAUAGAGUAUGUUGUAGUGUUCUAAAUAGCAUAAGAUGAGUUACCCAUACGCAAG